ACGUACAGUAAUAAAAAUCUCAGUCGAUUGUUGACAUUUGCCGUUGAUUCACAAAUAAAAAUGUUCAAAGCCACAAUUUUAUUGGUAACGUUGUUUGUUGCCUCUGCCUUUGGCAUGGAAGGCAUCAAAGAAUGCAAAUACAUCAAUGCCCCAUUGCCAAUGGAGACGAGCAAUAGUUUGUGUGAGAAAAAUCCCUGCACUAUCACUAAUGGGGCGUCUGUGGAGACAACGACAACUUUCAAAACCACUGCUUCGUCGUCUUUGAAGUACAACGUGGACGCCUACUUGGGAAGCUUUAAAAUUCCAAUUGAUUUUGUGCCGGCCGAAGAUCAAGAUGCAUGCAAAGGACUCACAAGCGGAAAAUGUCCCGUGAAAGACGGCGACGUUGUGACACACCAGAUUAAAUUGCCAGUCGAAGCACCGAUGGAAGCUACAAUUUCCAUGGAAGCUUAUGUCACGGACGAAAACAAAAAGGCAUUGUUCUGUUAUCGCACACAAAUUACUGUGAAAAACUAACUGCAGACGAUAAAAUAUACCGAAAGUUCAAUGUCA